GUGACUGGCUUUUGUCCCGCCAACCCCAGGUUAUAAUGGGAGAGGAAAAUAGGCCUCAGGGCAGUCGGCGGCAGCCCCAACCCGCAGUGGGCCCCGUCGGUGAGGGUGAGUCGGUGGGCUGGGGCUCACCCUGCCUCCGGCCUCUUCAUGGGGAACACCAUCAGGGCCCUGGUGGCCUUCAUCCCUGCUGACUGCUGCCAGAACUACGUGGUCAGAGAUCUCCGGGAGAUGCCCGUGGACAAGAUGGUAGAUCUGAGUGGGACCCAGCUACGCCAUUUCCCCGGGCACGUGUGCUCCUUCCGGGAGCUGGUCAAGCUCUACCUGAGUGACAACCACCUCAACAGCCUGCCUCCUGAGCUGGGGCAGCUGCAGAAUCUGCAGAUCCUGGCCCUGGAUUUCAACAACUUCAAGGCUCUGCCCCAGGUGGUGUGUACUUUGAAACAGCUCUGCAUCCUCUACUUGGGUAACAACAAACUUUGCGACCUCCCCAGUGAGCUGAGCCUGCUUCAGAAUCUCCGGACCCUGUGGGUCGAGGCCAACUGCCUCACCCAGCUGCCGGACGUGGUCUGCGAGCUGAGUCUCCUAAAGACUCUGCAUGCCGGCUCCAAUUCUCUGCGUCUGCUGCCAGGCCAGCUCCAGCGCCUCCGAGAGCUGCGGACCAUCUGGCUCUCAGGCAACCUGCUGACUGACUUCCCCCCCGUGCUGCUGCACAUGCCCUUCCUGGAGGUGAUCGACGUGGACAGGAACAGCAUCCGUUACUUCCCCAGCCUGGCCCACCUGUCGAGUCUGAAGCUGGUCAUCUAUGACCACAAUCCCUGCAGGAACGCACCCAAGGUGGCCAAAGGCGUGCGCCGUGUGGGAAGAUGGGCAGAGGAGACGCCAGAGCCUGACCCCAGAAAAGCCAGACGCUACGCCUUGGCCAGGGAGGAAAGUCAGGAGGGAGAGGCACUUGUCCUGCCUCCUCUACUUCUUCCUCCCAACUCCUGAGGAGCUUCAGUCAUAGGUCAACGCCAAGGAUCCGACUCCAGCAUCUUCUGGAGAUCUCUCCUUUAGAGGGUACAGGAUUGCUCUGGGA